AUGAGUUAUACAAGUUAUAUCUUAAUUUUUCAGCUUUGCAUCAUUUUCAGUUCUUCUAGCUGCUUCUGCCAGGCUACUUUUUUGAGAGAGAUACAGACCCUAAAGGAAUAUCUUAAUGCAACUAAUUCAGAUGUAGCUACUGAUGGCCCCCUUUUCUUAAACAUUUUGGAAAACUGGAAAGAGGAGAGUGACAAAAAAAUAAUUCAGAGUCAAAUCAUCUCCAUUUACUUCAAAAUCUUUGAAAACUUAAAAGGCAACCAGAUCAUCCAAAAGAGUAUGGAGACCAUCAAGGAAGAUCUCUUUGUUAAGUUCUUCAAUAGCAGUGAGAGCAAACAGAAAGACUUCCUAGACCUGCUUAAGAUUCAGGCAAAUGAGCGGAAGGUCCAGCGCAAAGCAAUUAGUGAGCUCCACAAGGUGAUGCAUGAUCUGUCACCCGGAUCUAACGCGAUGAGACGAAGAAAGCGUCAGAAGGUUUAA